CUAAACUUUUCGCGCAUGCGCGGUAUAGGCGGCGUUACAUGAAGCGCGACGAUGGCUGAGGACGGUACCUUGCUGCUGUCUGUGGUGGAAGAAUUUGUCUCGGGACUUCAGGACAGCAAGGCUAAAGAUGCAGCAAAAGGUGUCAAAGAUGGACAGUUUACAGUCCUACAAUUGGUGGAAGCUCUUGGACUCAGCCUGACCAGCUCUCAGCCCCACACCCGAGCAAGAGGAGUCCAGCUCCUCUCCGAAGUUUUACAGCAGUGCUAUGGAGAUCUUACAGAGAGAGAAGUGGAAGUGCUCAUCGCCUUCUAUGAAAACCGUCUCAAGGACCAUUACGUCACCACAGCGCCCGUUUUGCAGGGGCUCAGAGCUCUGACAAAAUGUACAACGUUGCCUCCUGGCUCAGCUGUGUCCAUGCUGAGGUCUUUGUUCCAGGACAUUCACGUGCAGUCUCUGAUGCUUGCAGAGAGAUCAUGCGUCUACAACAUGCUAAUCAACCUGAUGGAGACCAGAGAGGCCGAGCUGAAGGGUUUGGGGGCAGACUUUGUGUUUGGUUUCGUUCAGUCGAUGGACGGGGAGAGGGACCCCCGCAACCUGCUGUUGGCCUUCCAGAUCGCCAGGAACAUCAUCCACAGAGGAUACGAUCUGGGUAAAUUCACAGAGGAGCUGUUCGAAGUGACGUCCUGCUAUUUCCCCAUCGACUUCACCCCACCUCCCAACGACCCCCACGGCAUCACCAAAGAGGAGCUCAUUCAGAUGCUCAGGGCCGUCCUCACCGGGACUCCAAAAUUCGCAGAGUUUCUGUUACCGCUCAUCAUUGAGAAGCUGGACUCGGACGUUCAGAGCGCGAAGCUGGACUCCCUGCAGACUCUGAGUGCUUGUGCGUCACAAUACGAGCAGAAGGACUUGGCAGAAUUCCUCGAGGGGCUGUGGGCGUCCCUGCGCAGAGAGGUGUUUCAGACAUCCAGCGAGAAGGUUGAGUCUGCAGGCCUCGCCGCUCUCACCGCAAUCGCUUCCUGUCUGUCGCGCGCAGUCCUCAGCUCUGACUCUGAGGACUCUCUGAGCAGUUUCCUGGAUCUCGUUCUCAAAGACUGCAAGCAUCACCUGUGCGAGCCCGACUUAAAGCUGGUGUGGCCCAGCGCCAAGCUGCUCCAGGCCGCCUGCAGCGCCUCCGUCAGGGCGAGCCACGUCGUCGUAGCCGCCGUCAUGCCCUCUCUCAUCGAGCAGUAUAACAACAGAACAGAGUGUUCACACAGACGCACGUUGCUGGAGGUGGUGCAGCGGUUCGUCCAGUCGGUAAAAAGCUGCCAGUCCUCAGAGGACGACGAGAGCGCGUUUUCGGGCUACCGGUCGGCUCUGUGCAGCGUGGUGUUUUCAGCUCUGUCUGAGAGUAAUUCCAGUCUGCAGAUCACGGCCACCUCUGUGCUCGUCUCACUGGCACGACAGAAGGGUCUGCUGUUGGACGCUGAUGUCGAUCGAGCCGUAGACCACUUCAUCAAAAUGCUGCUGACCGAGGAGGACGACAGAGUCAGCGUGGCCGUGGUGGAGUGUGCAGGAGCCUUAGCAGAGCUGCACCCAACAGUCUUCAUCGACAAACUCAUCCCAAGAAUGAAGAAGGAGAUGUUUUCUGAGCCCAUGGAGGAAGAUCACGGAGGAGAUUCCGCGUUACGUUCCCAUCAUGCAGUGCGUCAGCGGUGUUUGUCUGCUCUGGCUUCAGUGUCCACCCAACCCAGCGUUGUCCAGGAGAGUACGCCUGUCCUCCUGGAAGUCCUCAGUUCUGCACACACCGGUACCGCCGGGUUUUCGUUGGACGAGGUGGUGUUGGCGUGCCGCAGCCUUCAGAGGAUAGUGGAGCAGGUUCGGGACACGGAGGAGAUGGGACGGUGCUUCCACGACGUGGUCGUCCCGCGUCUGCUGUCUCUGGCGCUCCAAGCAGCGCUGCAGGGCGAGGGUUCACCUGUUCGCAGUCCUCUGGUAGAGGAGCAGGUCCUGUCUGCUAUGGUUCCCGUCAUCAGCACUUCCUGUUCACGGCUUCAGCCCAAGUUGGCGGAACAGACGGCGUCGAGGGCUGUGUCUCUCUUCCUGGACGGUGACGUCUCCUUUUUGCCCGACAACUCCUUCCCUUCGCACAUACAGCUGCUCAAGAAGCAGCAGGAGGAGGAUUCAUGGCGCCAGUCUCAGAUGGUUUGCCUGCUAAUGGGCUGUGUGUGUUCAUUACCGCGGAGCGUGGAGGUGCCGCGGAUGGAGCAGCUGCUGUCGGAGCUGGAGGAGUUGAGCUGCACCUGCAGCCACGCGCUCUCUUACACCUCCGCUGCGAAGUGCUUCGCCAGCCUGGUCAACAAGAGACCACAGGGCGAUUCUCUCGACAGUUUAAUUCAGAAAACAAUGAAGAGAGUGUGCAGUGAGUUGGACUGUACGUCCUCCUCUGUGCGCACGCAGGCCUUCACGCUAUUGGUCUGGGUCGCCAAGGCUCUGCUUCUUCGAUACCACCCUCUGUUCACGACGCUCACCGACAAGCUCUUCUCUCUGCUCGAUGACGCCGACCUGGGUCCGAUGGCGGCCGACGGCUUCUCUCUGCUGAUGAGCGACUCUCCCGACGUCCUGAACCGAGGCUGCCACGCCGACGUCCGCAUCAUGUACCGCCAGCGCUUCUUCAGCGAGAACUCAGCCAAGCUGGUCCAGGGCUUCGACGCCGCGCCGCAAGAGAAGAAACCCAACUACUUGAAGGCGCUCUCAAAUAUAGUCAACAAGCUUCCCAAGCAGGUUCAAGUCACUGAGCUACCAGCGCUUCUUACUCUGCUCCUGGAGGCCUUGACGUAUCCUGACCAGGGCGUCCAGCUGUCCACUCUGUCCUGCCUGGAGCCCGUCCUCGUCAACCCACCACAGGCUCUCAUACAGCAGCUGGAGGCUUUGGUCAACAGGUUGCUGGCCCUCAUCUGUAGUCCAGUCAUGAACGUACGGAUCGCCUCCCUGCGCUGCAUCCACACGCUUUCCCACUUCCCCGUACACGAGGUCUUACCAUUUCGAGCCCGGGUGCUGCGAGCGUUGGCUCGGCCCCUGGAUGACAAGAAGAGGCUGGUGAGGAGAGAGGCAGUAGAGGCGAGAGGAGAGUGGUUCCUCUUAGGAAGUCCUGGCGGGAGGUGAUUUUCACCUCAAAAACCACAAAAAUUCACAGGAAACUCCAGGACCAGGUAUCAAAGCUGUGCUCUCCACUCAGCAGCUCCUCCUCCUCCUCCUCCACCUCCACAUCCUCUGGAUCUGCCAACAUCACUCUAGCCCUCACUUUUCCUCCUUCGUCUUUCACUUCACACUGAAAUGUUUUUUGUUGUUGCUGUCUGUGUAUAGAUGAAUGCACAUAAAAAAGGAGUGUACAGAUGGUCUGACACACACACACACACACACACACACACACACACAAUGAGAUAAUGAGUUAUUCUGUAACAAACCUUAUGCUGUUGUCCUUCUCUCUACAUAUCGGAGCAAAUGUCACAUGAAACUGUUCAAGAUUUAUAAAAGUUAACAACAGUAACACCCCAGAAAUAUCAAUGAAUCUAUUUUUGACUAUAUUAGCAUAAUCAGCUGAUCUUGUUUCUAACAGAAUAAUUGAAGUAACAAGGAAGCUUUUUAUUUCUUACUCACAUGUUGAAACAUAUUAAGUCCAGACAUUCAAACUGGCUGUGUUACAUCUUAUAAGUGGGUUAGAAGGAAUGAUGGCGUUGAAUGUGUCGGCUCCCAUGUGAAGAGAGAAUGUAGAUGUGUUACUUUGAGUGUUUGGGCUGCAGGACAAAUGAACGAGCUCCUCCUCCCUGCACACAGACGUAAAGCCAUAUGGCAGCAGGGCUGAACCCAGCAGGCGCCGAGAGCCUCUGAUCUUCCCGUGAACGGUGAAUGUGCAACUGGUUUGAUUAUCACUCUGGUUUUAGUGUUUGGGAGAACGCAGACGUGCCAACUGACCUGUAUCAGCACUUCUGUGUGUGUCCACUGACAUUUUAAGACGCGUUUUACGUGAAUAAAUAUGUGUUUAGGUUAAUGUACUUUGAAUUAGGAUUGUAAGUUAUGUGACCCAUGUGUUCAGCGUCUGCCUCGAUGCUGUAUCAGAGUUCAUGUCGAGUCAUUUUAACAAGGCUGACUGAUUUUUGGACCUCACCACAACUUAUGCCAAGGAAACAAGUCGAUAUUUAAUAUGUCUAACUUAAAGUGUCAUUAAAACUUUUCUUUGUAAUUUACACAAAAAAAAAAAACGUUCUAAUGUCAUUUAUUAUCCCCUGAAAAUGGAAACGGUUCACGCCACAGGAAUUAUCAAAACAGUUUUUAUUUUAAAAAGACGAUAAAUCAAAGAGGAGCACAGCUCCCACUGGUUACAGAUGAGAUCACAGCUGGACGUUUCUAAUGGCAACUACGGAUUCAAGCUCCAUCAUGAUGUUACUGAUACAAAUGUGAAAAAUCUAACAGGGAAUUAAAAAAAAAUCAUAUUUCA